GAUUUUAUUUUUUCCUACUAAAAUUCAAUCAAAUCAAACCAAACUCAACUCAUGGCAGUACAUGCACAUAUGAUUGUGUGGUAGGAGAAAGAACAAGCCAAUCAAAAUCCAACAUUGGAAAUUGAAAACUCAACCUCAACCAUUCCAUUGCCGCUCAUGAUUCACAUGGACCAAAUACUCUGUUUUUCAACCUCCUAGCUUUUCAUUAUCUCAAACAAAAACCCAUCUUCUUCUUCUUCACCAAUUCACCACCAUGCUUUCUCUACUCGCAGGCACACACCAUUACUUACUUCCACCUCCAACCCUUCACAACCGCCAUAACCACCACAUCAAACCUCUAUUCACAACCUCUUCCAACCACCACCGCUUCCAUUUCACCCCAAGCCGAAUCGCUCUCACCUCUUCCAACCGCAUUCUCUUUUCCCAUCCUAUAAAAUCAGCAUCUAUCAAUGAAGUAUCCGUUCAUAACAAUUCAGAAGCUUCCAAUGAGUUUCUUAACAAAAUACGAAAAUUGGUUUCUUUCAUUCCUUCAAUUUUCCCCGGUGGAACCUGGUGGAACUUCUCCGAUGACGAUGAUGUUCAGUUAUAUGGUCAACCCGUUACUGUUUGGUAUGCUUUGGGGAAAAUGUGGAAUCUUGUUGCAAAAGAUAGAUGGGUUAUUUUCGCUGCUUUCUCUGCUCUUAUUAUUGCAGCAGUUUCGGAGAUUUCUAUACCACAUUAUUUGACAGCUUGUAUAUUCUCAGCACAGGGUGGGGAUAUUGCAGUUUUUCAUGGGAAUGUGCGUUUGUUGAUUCUAUUGUGUGUUACUUCUGGAAUUUGCAGGUCAAAAUCUUUGGGAUACGAGGUUGCUUUUUUGGCAUUGCAAACAUGAUCCUGGUUAAGAGAAUGAGAGAAACAUUAUACUCUUCCCUUCUUCUUCAGGAUAUAUCAUUUUUUGACAAUGAAACAGUAGGUGAUUUGACAAGUAGACUUGGGGCAGAUUGUCAGCAAGUUUCAAGGGUUAUCGGAAAUGAUCUUAAUUUAAUACUGCGCAAUUUCCUUCAGGGGGGAGGUUCAUUAAUCUACUUGUUGAUUUUGUCUUGGCCACUUGGUUUAUCUACGUUGGUGAUAUGCUCUAUAUUAGCAGCUGUCAUGCUACCCUAUGGAUGGUACCAGAAGAAGGCAGCAAGGUUGAUCCAAGAAGUCACUGCUUCUGCUAAUAAUGUAGCUCAAGAGACAUACUCUCUUAUUAGAACUGUUCGAGUUUAUGGAACCGAAGAAGAAGAACAUGGAAGGUACAAAUGGUGGCUGGAAAAAUUAGCUGACAUAAGCUUACGACAAAGCGCUGCAUAUGGAUUUUGGAAUUUUAGCUUCAAUACUCUUUAUCAUUCAACUCAGGUUAUUGCUGUGCUAUUUGGAGGAAUGUCUAUUCUUGCGGGUCAAAUUACAGCAGAGAAACUUACUAAGUUUAUACUAUACAGUGAAUGGUUAAUUUAUUCAACCUGGUGGGUAGGAGACAACAUAUCCAAUUUGAUGCAGUCAGUUGGAGCGAGUGAAAAAGUGUUCAACUUAAUGGAUCUCUCACCUAGCAGCCAAUUCAUAACAAGAGGAAUGAAGUUGCAAAGUUUAAUGGGACAUUUGGAGUUUGUAAAUGUAUCUUUUCACUAUUCUACAAGGCCAACGGUAUCUGUAGUGCAACAUGUAAACUUUGUUGUCAAUCCUGGUGAGGUGGUUGCCAUUGUUGGUCUUAGUGGUAGCGGAAAAAGCACAUUGGUGAAUCUUUUGCUCCGUCUCUAUGAGCCUACAAGUGGUCAGAUUUUGGUAGAUGGUGUCCCUCACAAAGACUUGGAUGUCAUGUGGUGGAGAGAAAGAAUCGGUUAUGUGGGACAGGAACCGAAGCUAUUCCGGAUGGACAUUAGCUCGAACAUCAGAUAUGGAUGUACCCGAGAUGUAAAGCAGGAAGAUAUUGAGUGGGCUGCGACACAGGCCUAUGCUCACGACUUUAUAUCAGCACUUCCUAAUGGUUACGAAACACUUGUUGAUGACGAUCUUUUAAGUGGCGGACAAAAGCAGCGAAUUGCUAUUGCUAGGGCCAUUCUUAGGGACCCAAAAAUAUUGAUCCUUGAUGAAGCCACUAGUGCACUGGAUGCUGAAAGUGAACAUAAUGUGAAGGGUGUUCUUCGAUCGGUUAGAAGUGAUUCUUCAUCAAGGAGAAGUGUCAUAGUCAUAGCACACAGGCUCUCUACCAUACAAGCUGCCGACAGGAUUAUUGUGAUGGAUAGGGGUCAAAUUGUUGAGGAUGGAAGUCACAGGGAACUUCUCUUGAAAGACGGUUUAUAUGCUCGGUUGACUAGAAAACAAGCUGAUUCUAUGGAAUGAUCUGUGCUUCCAGAGCAGAUAUUCAAUUUCUCUCCUUACAUCUUUCCUUUUAAAGGCGGCAGUAUAGUGGGGCACGCAACAUUUUUUUUAUUGCUGACCCAUGCAUUUAUAGUAAUUUAUACAAAAAGGUUGGUUGGUGACAGUUCAGCAAAGAAGAAAUCUGCAUUAGUUUUGGAUCAAAAUGCACAGGGUAGAUUUCACACUACCAAGUUCUCAUCUCAUGCAGAUGCAAAAGCAUAAAAAAACUUGUGGAUAUGUUUGUUUUAUUUGGCAAAAUACAAUUUGACAAGAAGGGUAAAAAGAUUCACUCAAGAAAACGUUCAUUCGGAUUUCGGAUUUGCAUUUUUUGUGCUUGUGGCAACUUUCUUCACCUGUAAGAAACACAUGUUUAGUCAAUUGGGUUGGGGAGUAUUCAUAGUCAAAAUGCUGAUAUUUUGUCAUCCUUAUAGUUGACCUUAUAUAUAUAACUGUUUAUUUUAUAGCUGUAAAUGUAAUGUCUUUUGCUUCAGUAUAUAUUUGAUUGAAAGAAAUACCACUUGCCUAUUUGAUGGCACUUCAUUCUCAA